AUGGAGCUUCCUAAAGAGUCUGAAAGGGCCAAAUGGACUGUUAAGACAGGACGUUGUGUAGCAUUACUUAACGCAUUUUGUUUAAGCUCCUUUUCUCCCUCUUUAGACGAUAACUGGCAACUGGUGCUCCUAAAUGAAAGUGAAUUUGUGUGCUCGUUCCACGAUGGAAUUGAAGUUAGACGCAUCACCAAGAUCUCAAUUCUCCCCAUCUCAUCCUCUCCUGUACCUAAAACAUUCCAAAUCAAUAAAUGCUCUCAGCAUAACAAAGGACUGGCACCAUCUCAGGAAACGCCAUCACUCCAGAAACAACCGACGAUUGUGCAGGCUGUCCAAAAUACCUUCAAGGCGGCCUCUGAUAUCAUGGGUUUUAAACAGAAAUCGAAAGGAGGUAAACGUUUUGAAAUGCGCAUUAAAGAGGCAAGUAUGCUUUUCAUUUGCACCUCUGUGUUGGUGCUCGUUUGUCUGCUCAAAUUUAGUGUUUCAUUACGUUGUGUUGUACAGGAAUUGGAAAAACUGCUUGUAGGUGAGGCGGACCAGUUCUACUUUGCCACUUGCGGAGGCGACCUGACGCACUGGACGCAGCAGAGGGAGGACUUCCGUCAUCUGGGCGAAAUCUGCUCCUGGGACGAUCUUAUCAACACCCCGCGUGUCUACUGGAGGCCUAUCUGGUACCGAUACGAUCCCACUUUUGUGUGGAAUCACCGUAUUCUCCAAGAUCUUGUGGCCAGUGCAAUAAUCUUCCUCCAGGUAGACGAGGGUCUGCCGCAAUCGGUCAUCUCAGAGUCGUUCCGCGCUUCGACAUCCGCCUUGGACGGUGGGGAGGGAAAAGAGGAGGUCGUGCGGCGCGAACCUGAGGGACUGGGGCAGCCCACGCUGUUAACGGAGUAUUUGCGCGCUCUUGAGUCAAUGAUUUUGCCGAUCAUGAACGGUUUCAUUAAGCAACAGAAAUUGCUGCUGCCUACGUGGAAUGCAAACGGUCGUGUCAGCCCGACUGAGUCAAAUCCGGUUACGCUCACCAUCAUCUCACGAAGGAGUCAUUUCAGAGCAGGCUGCAGGUAUAGACGGAGAGGCAUUGAUGACAUGGGGCACGUCGCUAAUUAUGUGGAAACAGAGCAGGUGCUAGAAGUUCCCGGUGAUGUGAGCGUGCACGUUCUCUCCUUCCUGCAAAUUCGCGGUUCUGUGCCGGUCUUUUGGACUCAGUCUGGAAUCAAAUACAAGCCCCCAAUCCAAUUUCACAAAACUCAGAAUGAGAAUCGGGAAGCAUUUCGCCUUCACAUUGAACGCCCUCUCAGAGAUUUCAGCAGAUUAAUCGUGGUCAACUUGGUUGAAACGGCACCAGGUCGCCAGGAGAGCAAAAUCGCCGACGCCUACAUCCGACAACUCCUACUUUUGAACAGUCCUCAGCUCACCUAUGUUGGAUUUGACUUCCAUGAGUAUUGCAAAGGUCUUCGCUUUGGAAAUGUCUCUGUUCUCUUGGAGGGUGUCAAGGAUAUUAUUCGUGACAUGAAGUAUUGCUGGCUUCAUCGGAGUGAUUUUAUGUGCAAACAGGAGAGUGUUUUCCGGGUAAACUGCAUUGACUGUCUGGACCGAACGAACCUCGUGCAGAGCGUCUUUGCCACCGCUGUCAUAGAAACGCAGUUGCGUAAACUCGGUCGUUUACCGCCGGAGGUGGAUUUGCCGACGGAUUUCUCACGCGCGGUGCAGGCAGUCUGGGCGGAUAACGGCGAUGCUCUUUCCCGCCACUACACCGGUACUGUCGCAAUGAAGGCGAGUCUUGAUUUACCUUUAGCUUCUGUCUCACCUGGAGAUUUCACUCGCACUGGCUUCCGAACAGUAAACGGUUUGAUGAAAGAUGGCGUCUCUUCAAUGAACAGAUAUUACCAGCGAUUUGGUGAGAUUAAACGGCAGGCCGCUAUUGACUUCCUUCUUGGACACACAAACAGUCCUGAGUUGCGGUUUCUCAAGAACUGUAGCACUCAAGACACUCCGGUGGAGCAGUUGUCGAGCAUCGAAGUAUCUUCCCUCCUGGCCGCAAUUCGUUCUUCCUGCCUUCAGAGUGAUGAAGACUCAUUCUUUGAAUUUGUUGUAACCAGUUCCGUCAUGUUUGUCGACGACCCGCUCACCAAUCAGCAGGCACAGGUGCGCCUGCCCAUUCGCGCGAUCACUCGAAUUGCAUUUGGUUCUGAAUCGGCUCUUUUCAGACAGUCCAUCCCCGUCCUCCGCAUCUACUUUUCCCCACCCCCUGAGAACCCCCAUCCCUCACCCGUGACCGCGCACAGCGUUUCCUCAACCGAGGUGUGUUACCUUUUCCAACCUUAUGAACCGUGUCGUGCGCUGGACGUGCGUUUGGAUGACAAAGCCACUUCUGAACGCCCCCAAAAGACAGGUGGCGAGUGCUACCUGGACCUGCGCCAGCCCCCCUUUCGACUGUUCAACAACUACUUGGUUCCGGUUUCUAGUCCGGACGAGGCCAUCGAUGCACUCAGAGUCGUUGCCGAAUCCAUCACUCUGCUACUCCAAUCAAACGAUAUUAACAUCAAUAUAGACACCACAUCGUCAAUAGACACUGGGAGCCAUAGCAUUUCAGUGAUGCAACGGAAACCCGUGCCACCACUACCAGCAGAGUACAUCCUUUCUCUGUCUCCGGAGGUCAGCGAAGUCCUUCAACAGACCCGCGAGCGAUUGCGACCCUUCCUACUGCCUCGGUCGCGUCCAAAUCCGCGGUCCCGUCGGCGCUCCAGCGCCAAAACCCCCAAGCCAGACGUCCGCUUGCUCGAGCCGAAGCAGCGCUUCUGGGCUUUCAAGCAGGCCCAGGCCAGGCCUCGUGCUGCUGCUGCCGCCUCUGCUUCGGAUUCCGCCGUUCGUCCAGGCAAUCCACCGCCGGAAAAGGGCCUAAGGGUGGCCUUGGGUUCGAUGUUGAAACAGUCGCUUCCAUUGAUGGAAAAAGUCUUCGCUACCAGCUCCAGCGCCCCUGCACAGCGCCACAAAGUGCUGGCUCCCAUGAAUGGCUCCUCUGUUUUACGGCUUCAGCCAUGCGAAUUUCUUUACUUUGAGGGUCAGCCUCUGGAAGGCGAAGACACUCGGUCCGCGACAGGUGAAGAUGACGAUGAGGCCUUGGAAGAGGAGGUCGAACAGGGUGAAGACGCUUUGCUUUCCUCCGACAUCGAUGAUUUGCCGGUGCGCAUUAUCACACCCACAAAUUUCGUCUCAAUUUCCGACCUUAUUUACGAGUUGGAAGCUGGAACGGACGCCGACGACGACGGGGAGGAAGAAGAAGAAGCGGUUGAUUUGGGUGUUGGUUUGAAUCAUGUGCAUUCUGCUCCUGCCGGCCUGGCGCAGGCCAGUGAAUGCGAUCUCCCAGAGAAGACAAACUCCACCCUCCUUCGCCCGUCCUCCUCCCCGCUGUUUCCACCGCUCAGAAGCGAGUAUGUUCCGUCUCAAGCAUUAAAAUCGGGCAAUGUACCACCACUCCUGGUUCGAAGUCUUUCUUGCGGUGACCUCAAGGAAAGCCGACUUCCUCCUGCGCGUCUCCGAAGGGCCAUCUCUGAGACUCUGAUGUCAAGCUACCGCGCACUGAUCCGGCCGAUCUCUGCAUUGAAUGCCUCCCCAAAAUCGGCCGAUACACCAGAGCCGGUGUCCACGACGAGUUUGCGGGAGCGGUUAAGUUUGCACUUCGCCGCCCUCGAACUUGUUCCCAUAACUAAGCUUGAGGAAGCUGCGAACCCGCGUUUUGUGUCUCGGCUUCGCCAACGACAAGAGGCCAAUGCCUCAGCUGUCGAACGCCAGCGGCAUCUUACUUGCCCUUCCGAUGCUUUCAUACAAACUCAGUUCGUACUAUUUUAA